AUGUUCCCAGCAUUUAACAAGAAAAGAACAUGUAUGGUAUUAAUAGUGCUACUAGUGCUAUUAAACAUCAGUAUACCAUCAGUUGUUUAUUUCCAUGAACCAACAAAACUUCGUGUUAAUAAGGCAUAUAAAGAUUACUAUACCGGUUAUCAAGAUGUUGAUGAAUAUAAAAUCCAUAAUGUUUAUGCACCAAAUGAUAUAAGAUCUAAAUUGGCUAAGCAUUUCCCAUAUAAAAAAUCUACUGAAAAGUCACCUAGAUAUAUCUGGCAAAUGUGGAAAACUACAGAUAUAACUACUUUAGAUGAAAAUUUACAAAAAUUGAUUGAAACUUGGAGAACUCAAACUGUUGAAGAAAAAGGUUCAUUCCGUUAUGAAAUGAUUGGUGAUGAAACAUUAAGUGAACUUGUUAAUGAAACAUUUGCUGAAGUUCCAGAAGUUGCUGAAGCAUUCCAUAUUUUACCAAAAAUCAUUUUGAAAUCUGAUUUUAUGAGAUAUAUUUUAAUGUUUGCAUUUGGUGGUAUUUAUUCAGAUAUUGAUACAAGUCUUGAUAAAGACAUUCUUGGAUGGUUACCAUAUGAAGAAACAGUUUUUGAUAAAGAAAAUCAAGUGGGAUUAAGUAUAGGUAUUGAAAGUGAUCGUGAUGAAAUGGAUUGGGCAAGAAAUGGUAUGGCUCGUCGUGUUCAACUAUGUCAAUGGACAUUACAAGCUAAACCAAACCAUCCUUUCUAUAGAGAAUUGAUUUAUAGAAUCAGUGACUUGGCAUUGAAUCAUUUUGAUCCUGAAACAAUGAUUUUAACUAAAGGUGGGAAAAAAUAUGAUUUAAAUUCUGGUUCUGAAACAAAAUUCGCAGGUGUUAUGGAAUGGACAGGACCUGCUAUGUUUACUGAUACAGUUUUUGAAUAUUUAAAUGAAGUUUAUAAAACAAGUGAAGAAUUAAAUCCAGAAUUAAAUUUUGCAAAUGAAAAAAUCAUUGAUCCAAAUUUACCUUUAAAUUUAUUAUCAAAAGUUAAAUAUAUGGAAUUACCAGGUUCUGUACAUAAUGAAUAUGACCCAAUUGAAAGACCAUUUGGAUGGCAAAACUUAACCAAACAAGAACAUCCAAUAUUAUUCGAUGACGAUGUCUUAUUAUUGCCUCAUUUAUCAUUUGGUAAUAGACAAGGUGGUGAUUUAGAUUAUGCUAUGCAUCAUUUUAAAGGUUCUUGGAAAGGUUGA